UCUCCCCGUGCUCUGCUGCGUUCUACUCCCACCUGCGACUAAUCCCCCUCUCCCCUUCGUCUCGUCUCCCCCCGCCCUCCGCUUCGCGCAUCUCACCGCCAUCCUUUACCUUCCCGCGUCUAAUUGAGCGCCAAAGCGGGGGGACAUUUGAAUUCCCCGCAGCUUCCGCUUCCUGCGCGGCCUCGUACCGUCCGGAGGCGCCGCCGGCCGGGCCCGGCCCUAUCCCCUCCCCCCUAGGGUUUCGCGUCCACCUCGGGGAUGGGGGACGCCCCCACCGCCGCGGCGGCGGCGCCAGCAGCGUCGCUCGCGGGGAAGCGGCGGCGCGGUGAUGACGUCGCAGGCCUGAGGCGGGUGGCGGAGAUCGUGAUGGUGCUGGCCGCGGCCGGGGAGAUGCGGGGCGGGAGGGAGCCCACGGCGGCGGAGCGGGCGCUCGCGGCCGAGGCGCGGGAGAGGCUGGCUGCCGCCGUUGCCGAGGGGUCAGUGCGGCCCAAGGAUCUGUUCCCGGGGGAGGCGGUGCGCGCGGUCGUCGAGGAUCUCGGGCUCAACCGCGCCAAGGACCCCGCCGCCAUGGGGUUCCGCCCGCCGAAGGCAUCCAUCGCCGAUAGGCUCAUACUUACUAAGCGCAAGAUGGAAGAAGUCAAGGAAGCUCCAGUCCAACCAACAGUUAGCACACCUCAAACGGUCGUCAGUGGAAUGUCUGAUUUCCAUAGUUUUAAUGGGGCUUCCAAGUUUGGUGUUGGAGUUCCUAGGAACCCACAAGUUGCAGCUGUAGCUGCUACUGCCCCAUUAACCUCGACAUCCCCUGUUAUCUUGAAGCCACCAGGAUCAUCUCCUGUCAAACCAGUUGCCAACUCCUCAGGUGUUGCCCUACCCCAUAUUGGUCCGUCACACCUUAAAUUGGACAAAGAUGUUAAUGGUCCGCUGAAUUUAGCACGCAGUGGAGCCACUGUUGUCCACCCAAACAAGUCUAGUACUCUAGAUACAUCUGCUAGGCCCAAUGUAAAUGCUGUACAGAGUUCCAAUCAGUUGUUGAAAAACCAGGACACAAAGCCAGUGGCAGUUCAAGCUGCAACAGGUAAUACUGUUGUGGGGCAUCGUGCUACACAAGGCGUGGCAUUUGUUCCCCCAAAACCUACUUUUGUCAACCACAAUGAGAUUGCAAAGUCUGUUCAACAAUUUCUGCACCAACCUACGAACCAUCCUAGUUGGACUCCACCGUCAACUGAGUACAUGCAUUCUCGCUUGGGCUGUCAAAUAUGCAAAGUUGCUAUCACUGAUACAGACAGUUUACUUGUUUGUGAUGCCUGUGAGAGGGGAGUACACUUGAAAUGCCUUCAGCAGUAUGGUAAUAAGGGUGUUCCUAAAGCUGAGUGGCAUUGUUCAGCAUGCCUGACACAGAGUAAAGGCAAACCCCUGCCACCAAAGUAUGGCAAGGUUACAAGAACUGUUGUUGCAUCAAAGGUUGCACCACCUGGUGGUGGAGCACAAGCUUCUUUGCAGGGAUCAGCAGGAAACAUGGCCGCAAAGGAGAAUCACCAAAAGUUGGCUGCAAAUGGAAAUCUUAUGAAGCCAAUCUCCACACAAGGUGUCAGCACUAUACAUAAUAUAAAUGUAUUGGCACUAGGUGCCAUGGCGGCUGGUUCACAAUCACAAUUAGCUUCUACCUUGAGACCUCCAAUAGUAAAUACUGUUAAAGCUGAACCUUCCUCUAAUGGAAAGGAAGGAAUUGGGCAGCAGGGCAGUAGUACGACACACCCUGAUGUGAAAUCCCCUCUUAACAAAAGGUUGAGAAGUGGUUCCUCUUUGAACUCUGUGGGUUCAGGAAAUGAUACCAUGAAUAGUGAGCAAACCGCAGAAAUGUCUGGUGCUGAAGCAAAGAUCAAGUCCGAAGCAAACUUUGAGCCCCCUGUGAGCAGGGAUGAGGAAUUGGUUGAUAGUAGUGGAACAUCUGUUGAACAAACUAAGAUUGUUGCUACUGGAGAAAAGCCCAGGGCACAAGCAACCUUCGAGACUGACAAAUUGAAAGAUGAGGAGAUGACCACCAACACUGGAACAUCAACAGAUCAAGGAAGAAACUUCGCUACUGAAGAAAAACUCCCCAGUGAAGCAACUUCUGAGGCACUCACAAUCAAUGAUGUGAAAAUGACUAUCAAUACUGGAAUACCAGUACAGCAAAGCAACAUUGUUACUAUUGAAGAAAAGUUCCAGAUUGAUGCAGCCUCUGAUCCACAUAGGAUCCAAGAUAUGGAAAUGAGUACCAGCAAUGGACCACCAGCAGAUCAAAGCAGCAAUAUUGUUUCUGAAGAAAUGCCCCAGUCAGAAAAAACCUCUUCAAUUGGUGAUACAGAUGUCACUGCUAAUGCUGUAAUACCAACAGAUCAAACACAGCAUUCGAAUGGGUCAACUGAAAAUGCAGUAAAACAACCUCCCAAUGGAGAACCAUAUAAAGACAAAUUAGGUUGUAAUAUAGUCUCAGAUUGUGUUUCUACCCAAAAAAUAGCUUCAAAUGGCAUCUUAUACCCUAAGGAUGAAACUUCAUGUGUUAGUGAAAAUGAAGCUGUGGGUUGCAACACAGAAUCAAAAGAAGCAAACUAGAUCCAUUAGCAGGUUGCGUCCAAUUUUCCUUUUCAGAUGGAACUAUGCUGAAUCUACCAUUAAUUUUACCAGCGUCAUGAUCAACUGUGUUCUCUGCAUUCUCUUGGAUGACAUUAUACAUUUAGCCACCGCCAACCAUUUUUCCAGGAGGUAUCUACUACCUCCUGGUGUAGCUAUAGAAGCCUAGAACACAGGAAACGUGACCCCCCCCCCCCCCCCCCAACCAUGAUGUUGUACUUUAUGUAGAUUGAUAAUCUUGAGUUCCUAACUAUUUAAUUCCAUUUUCCCAUUUGUUUGUUCCGUGCUUAUCUGUAGUCUUGUAAUUAGAUAGUAGGGUUUAGCUGAGUGAGGACUGGAUUAUCAUGUCACAAUAAUGAUACUUUUCUUCGCCA